AUGAAGACAGCUUUGAUGGUAGCUGAAAAGCCAUCUCUGGGAGCUUCGCUAGCUAAUAUUUUAAGUAAUGGUCGAUGCACGACCAGAAAAGGUUUAAAUGGAUCUUGUUCAGUGCACGAAUGGGUAGGUCAAUUCAGAUCUGAAACUGUAAACUUUAAGAUGACCUCUGUCUGUGGUCAUGUCAUGACAUUAGAUUUCAUUGGAAAAUAUAACAACUGGGAUAAAGUUGAUCCUGCAGAGUUAUUUUCCUGUCCAACUGAAAAGAAAGAAGCAGUUCCUAAAUUGAAAAUCCCUUAUUUUUUGGCUAAAGAAGGAGCCCAUUGCGAUUAUUUAGUAUUAUGGUUAGAUUGUGACAAAGAAGGUGAAAAUAUCUGCUUUGAAGUUAUAUAUGCGGUACAGCAAGGCAUGAACAGGAGAUUAAACCCAAAUGAUAUUUGGAGGGCAAGAUUCUCUGCUAUUACAGAGAAAGAUAUAAAGGCUGCAUUAGCAAACUUGAUAAAACCUAAUGAAAAUGAAGCAAAAAGUGUUGAUGCUAGACAAGAACUAGAUUUAAGAAUUGGUUGUGCUUUUACUAGGUUUCAAACUAAAUUCUUUCAGGGGAAGUAUGGAGAUUUAGAUGCAUCUCUUAUUUCUUAUGGUCCAUGCCAAACACCAACACUAGGGUUUUGUGUGCAGAGGCAUGAUGAAAUUCAAACUUUCAAGCCAGAUCCAUACUGGGUUCUGCAGGUUACAGUUAAAUCUUUUGAUGGACAAGAUAUUAUCCUAAGUUGGAGUCGUGUACGGUCGUUUGAUAAGGAAAUAGCAAAUAUGUUCUUAAGUCAUGUUAAAGAAUAUGAACAAGCAACCGUUAUAAGUAUAGAAAGUACAGAAAAAACGAAAUCACGACCUAUAGCUUUAAACACAGUGGAAUUGAUGAGAGUAGCUAGUUCAGGUUUAGGAAUGGGUCCGCAUCAUGCUAUGCAAAUUGCAGAACGUCUUUAUACACAGGGUUACAUAAGUUAUCCUCGAACUGAGACAACAUUAUACCCGGAGAAUUUCGAUUUACCCGCGGCGUUGAAACAACAGCAAAACAAUCCUGAUUGGGGAGAUCAAGUUCGUAAAAUACUGAUGACUGGUAUCAAUAGACCAAAGAAAGGACAUGAUGUUGGAGAUCAUCCUCCUAUUACACCCAUGAAACACGCUACGCGCAGUGAGCUCGAUGGAGACUCGUGGAGAUUAUACGAUUAUAUAACUCGACAUUUUAUCGCUACAUUGGCUCCUGACUGUAGGUACUUAAGUACAACAGUUAAAUUUGAAAUAGGAAUGGAAAUUUUUACCGCAAAUGGUCAUAGUUUAAUAGAUCCUGGUUAUACCAGUAUACUUACCUGGCAAGCACUUGGAAGUAACGAUACGUUACCGAAAUUUACAGUCAACGAGAAAGUUAAUAUACAAGAGACAAAGUUAUUGGAAUGCUAUACGCAACCUCCGGAUUAUUUAACCGAAGCUGAAUUGAUAUCUCUUAUGGAAAAGCACGGGAUUGGAACGGAUGCCUCUAUUCCAGUACAUAUAAAUAAUAUAUGUACGCGAAACUAUGUAAAUGUUGCAGCUGGUAGGAAAUUAGUUCCUACAUCACUAGGAAUUGUGUUGGUUCAUGGAUAUCAAAAGAUAGAUCCCGAGUUAGUUUUACCUACAAUGAGGUCUGCAGUAGAGGAACAGUUGAAUCUAAUAGCUCAGGGUCGAGCAGAUUUUCACGCAGUGUUGCAGCAUACCGUGGAAAUUUUCAAACAAAAAUUUCAUUAUUUUGUAAAGAGUAUAGAAGCAAUGGAUCAAUUGUUUGAAGUUUCCUUUUCUCCUCUUUCUGCGUCAGGAAAAGCGCAUUCCAGAUGCGGGAAAUGUCGGCGAUAUAUGAAAUAUAUCCAAACAAAACCGUCGAGGAUGCAUUGCGCUCAUUGCAAUGAAACGUAUAACCUUCCGCAAAAUGGUAACAUUCGAAUUUACAAAGAACUUAAAUGUCCAUUGGACGAUUUUGAAUUGCUUUCGUGGUCUACCGGGGCACGAGGUAAAAGCUACACGUUUUGUCCAUAUUGUUACAACAAUCCGCCAUUUAGGGAUAUGAAGAAAGGGACAAGCGGUUGUAAUUCGUGCACACAUCCUACGUGCCCGCACGGUAUGAAUUCCAAUGGUAUAUCCAGUUGUCUGGAAUGUGACACGGGUAUACUUGUACUGGAUCCUUCGGCUGCACCGAAAUGGAAACUUGGAUGCAAUCGUUGUGACGUUAUUAUUCAUUUAUUCGAAAAUGCUCACAAGGUAACGGUUGAUACCGAUGUCUGUGACUGUGGAGCUCAAUUAGUAACUGUAGAAUAUAAACAGGAAAAAAGUAAACUUCCUAACGAAGCCACGGAAAUGACUGGCUGCGUUUUUUGCACACCAGCUUUUAUGCCUCUCGUAGAGAAGCAUCGUGCCGUCGCUUCGAAACCGGUUACGACUCGUGGUCGUGGCCAUGCUAAAGGUCGCAGUCGGGGUAAACCACGUCCUCCAAAAGAUAAGAUGGCCCAACUGGCUGCAUAUUUUGUAUAAUGAUCAUUUGUAGAUGAAUCACAUAGCUGUUCCAAUUUCCUUACUUACAGUUUAACACGGACGCGAGCAUAUAAUCAUGAAAAUAAAUAUGAAUAUAUUCCUUAACUGAACAA